CAAUUACAUAACCAAGAAAAGCCCUUACAAUCAUCUGUUCGCCACCCCCUAAAAGCAAUACUACUCGAUUGACGAUUUCACCAGUGACAUCACCACCAACAUCCGCAGCGGGAAAAUUUUUCUAAAAGACAUAAGACUACCCAGUGGGCACUACGCUUUAAAAAAUGAUUGACGGAAUGACCAAAGCCGAUUCCAAAGAUCGUUUGGGAUUGAAUGAAAAGAAACCUGGGUCUAACCCUGAAACAGUAAUUUAAAUUCUCAAGAAGGAAAUGAAAUAAAUGUGACGCAAAUUGAAAUUAAGGAAAUAAGUACACUGGAAACCUUUAAAUAAAACAAUCGUAACCCGGGAAACGUUGCGUGCCAUCCGUGCGGCGGACUCGGCGGACCCGGCUUCCACAUGUGUGCGUCACACUGUAUACCUGUCUCCUGCCCCUUAAUAAAAUACUCUCAUUUAUGAGAUUGGCUUUCAAAUGCCUUGAGAGAUCAUGAAAAAAUUACCAUUCAGCCAUACCCAUAAGGGUAUUUCUGAAUUCGAGUAAUCGAUAGGCAGCCAUAUGCAGGGCAACGCAGGUACUGGAAUAGAAUUCCCUGGAAAUAGUGGACAGCGGAAAAUCAAACGGAUAACUUGAUCGACAAAUUCGUGGUGGUCAGAUGCUUGACGAAAGCCAGCACGUGAAAAUGAGAGCGACAAUGGUGCUCCCAGUGUUUUACGUGCUGCUACAUUCCCUCGUGAUUGCGAGUUGUGAUUGGAAAGUCGGAGGUGUCCCCGAAGGUACUGCCAGUCAACUACCAAAGCCGCGCAAUUAUUUACAAGGAAAGGAAUUGCAAAUCGUUGCAGGCCAUUUUCCACCACCGAUUGUUAUUUCAAGAAAUUCUUCCGGACAAGUAAUUGGAUAUUCUGGCGUGUUGGUUCACCAACUCCUCUAUCUGUCCCAGAGGUUAAAAUUCACGUACAAAAUAUUUCCAGCGGCGGUUAACACAAAUGGAGUCAAAAUCAACGGAACUUGGAAUGGCAUAAUAGGAACCCUUCUAAGAGAAGAAGCCGACUUGGGUCUAGUGCCGGUAGCUAUUUCUCUAGAACGGUACCAAGCUAUUGACUUUUGCGGAUUGGUUGGCGGGGACUUCACUGGCCUUUUAGUCAAAUAUCCUACCUCUGCCGUUUCCUAUACUGCCACCAUCGACGUGUUCACUAUUGGAACCUGGUUCGGAUUCAUAAUAUGUGCAACCGUUAUUGCCGGAUUUUAUCUCAUACUGACCUUCAUGGCCAAAAAAUUACUCGAGUCUCUGGCACUUGUCGAACGUAUCGCGGCAAACUCCAGAGUCGUUGCAAACGGAGGAGGCUCUCGAUUCGGCCAGUGGUCGCAACACCUUCUACUCCUCACCUGGAGUCUGGUAGCUUUCGUCUUCGUCAAAACCUACACUUCUACUUUAACGUCCCAUUACAUGUCGACGAUCUACAAAAGUCCGGAAAUCAAUACCUUUGCAGACCUGGCAGCUUCUACAACCUACAAGGCAACCGUCGGGGUCGGAUCAAUCCAAGAAAUUGAUCUAUUGAUGGCAAAGACGGGGGAUCUGAAACGCGUUGCUGACAAUCUCAGCAAGUGUCCAGAAUGCAGGAAAUUCAGCUUGGACGAACUAGCCUUGCCCGUUUUAGAGAAGGACCACUAUGUUGCGAUAACGCCCACAAAAGUUGGAAGAGCUUUAAUGCAAAAGUAUUCGUCCGAGAGAGGCCACUGUCGCCUCACAAUGGCGAAAGAAUUAUUUUCGUGGAAGCCCAUGUAUUUUGCAGUUCCAAAAUCCAGUCCUUAUCAGGAGGAAAUUAAUCGAGAGUCCUUAUGGUUUCAUGCUGCUGGACUACACGAUUAUUGGUAUUUUAAGCUUGAAAAGUUUCCACGGCACUGCCAGCUGAAUUACAACAACAAAGGAGUCGUGACGAAAAGAUCCAGUAGAAGCCGACUUAAACUUCAGCAGUUUUACUUGCCAUUUUUAAUUCUUUUCAGUGGUUUCAUGCUGGCCAUCGUCCAGUUUUGUCGCGAAAGAUUUAUUCAUUCUCGAUGAGGACUUAUUUUCCUUUACAAGAUAAAAGAUACUAAGAUAGUAUGUAUAUCGCAACACUCCGUUAUUUUUAAAUACUAUAAAGUAAAAAGGACUACAUAAAACUUUAACAGUUGUUCUUUGAUUCUUGUGUAAAAUUCAAAAUUUGUUAAUUAUUAUUACUGUAAGGUAUAUAUAAUCAGUUUAAGCCUUAUAUUAUAUAUUCCGUGGUACAGGUUGUUUACUGGUCUUAAGUUGGAGUCAAAUAAAGACAAAA